AUGCCAGUUUUACCGAAGGACACGGCAGAAUGUAUUCGCACCAGAGAGGAGCAGAUACUCCUAAUAAAAGUGUUAAGAGAUACAUUUGGCAAAAACCUGACGGAGAUAAAAGGGCAGGUUAAACAGCACGAGGACCGUAUUUCUCAGUAAGAGUCCGGAUCGCCAAAAACUGAGGUUCAGAUGGCUCAUUUGAGGAAGACCCUGGAAGAUAUAAAAACAGGAACAGUAACUUCAGCUUCAGUUACUGCUGUUCCUUCCAUGCGAAGGUUCAAAAUUCCGCCGUUUGAUGGAACAGCCUCGUGGUCAGCCUACAGGAUUCAGUUUGAGGUGGUUAUGAAGGCAAACGGCUGGAGCAAGUCACAGGCCAUGACGGCGCUUACUCUAGGAUGCCGCGAACAAGCUUUGACCAUCCUGGACGCCUUAGGUAAGGAUGCAACUUGUGAGCAGCUCGUGGAGGUGUUGGAGUCGAGAUACGAAGAUGUGCACUUGGAACACGUUUUUUGUGCCCAGUGCCAUAGCACAAUAAUAGAAAUGUGUGGAAUAUUCUCGAUAAUUUCAGGGAUGUGGUAUUAUUCGCUAUAA